AUGACACGUAAGAUUUCUUGUUGCGGUAUCUUAAGAAUGAGUAAAGUAUUAAGAAGUAACAGAUAUUUCAAUCACUUUAUACAUGUUAUUUUGAGUAAAUAAAUUAAAUCAGAUUUAUAUGAAUUCUCUAUCUCUUUCAAUCGUUAUAAUUACACUGUGAAAGUUAAUGGUCUAGAGAUUGAAUAGUGUAAGUAUAACUGUUUGUACAUUCGAAAUCAUUUGUCAUUUUGGAAGCGAGUAUGUGCUAUAAAAAUUCCUAACCCUUUUUGUACUAUAAAAUAAAAGGUGCAACAUUUAUCAUUAAAAAUUGUUUAAUAUAUUCGGUACAUCAUAAACGAGUGAUCUUUUUUUACUCACCCAUUAAAUUCCAGCUCAAUCUUCCAUUUCUUUUUUUGUCCUAAUUUGAAGUGCUACGUAUUACAAAUACUCUUUGAAACAUGGAUGUUUCAAUAUUUCGGAGUUUGUAGUUAAAUUUCGUUUCUUGUCACAUCUGUUACAUUUAAAAGUACUUUUAGAAUACUUAAUAAAUAACGUUCAAUUUAACAUCACAAUGCGUGUUUAUGAAAAUUUGAAAAAUACCAGUAUUUGCUAAUGCCUGAUGCAGUUAACCAAUAGUAAUCGAGAUAUUCGUCGGUCACGUGAUCACCUUUGCAAAAUGGCGACGCAGAUUUAACUGUUGCAAUAACUGCCUCGCGGCAUUCGGUUCCGUGCACGUUUGUUACAAUGAUCAAUUUUAUUUUGCAUAUUUUUUUAAUUUCCGUGGGUGUUUUAAUCACCGACUCAAAUAUUAUAUCACAAACAGGCUUUCGGAAUAAAAAGUACGAUCACACGCCGAGUAGCCUAUCAAGAACUCAAAUAAUCACAUUGUCAGAUCUGUCAAAUGUUAAUCAUAUGAAUGAAGUUUUAGAUAACAUAUGUAUUGUGAGAAUUGUUGGAACACCCGAGCAUACAAAAGUAAAAGAUUAUAUCAAGAAGUCAAUGAAAGAUCUCGGUUGGACCGUUGAAUCUGAUAACUUUGAAGAUCAAACCCCAAUUUUUGGAGCUUUACAAUUUGAAAAUAUAAUUGCAAAAUUAAAUCCUAAUACAAAAAGGUAUUUGGCAUUGGCUUGUCAUUAUGACUCAAAAUAUACUAGAGAAAGAAACUUUGAAGGUGCUAUAGACAGUGCUGUACCAUGUGCUCAAAUGAUUAACUUAGCUAAAGUUAUGAAAGAUCAUUUAAAAUCUAUAAAAUAUAAUGAUGUUAGUUUAAUGUUUAUAUUCUUUGAUGGAGAAGAGGCUUUUAAAGAAUGGAGUCCAAAGGAUUCUAUUUAUGGCGCAAGGCAUUUAGCAGAAGAUUUACUAGUUUUGUUAGAUUUGAUAGGAGCACCAGAUCCAACAUUUUACAACUAUUUUAGCAAUACAGAAAACUGGUAUUCUUUAUUAAUGAGCUCCGAAAGUAAAUUAGCUUCUUUAAAAAAGUUUGAAUCAUAUUCUUAUGGACAACCUACACAAACAUACUUUCAACCAUAUUCCGUGGAAACUUACAUUGAGGAUGAUCAUAUUCCCUUUUUACGUCGAGAUAUUCCUAUUCUUCAUCUAAUACCAUAUCCUUUCCCAAAGGUUUGGCACAAGCCAAGUGAUAAUCGGAAUAAUAUCGACUUAAAGACAACUGAAAAUAUCAAUAAAAUUCUAAGAAUUUUUGUAGCUUCAUAUUUACAUAUUAAUAUCUAACUAUUGAUUGAAAAAUAUUCAUACUUUUCAAAGGAAUUUUAUUUUUAUUAUGACAAUUUAUUAAAUAAUAAUACAUAUAAUACAAAAUAUUAGAUAACAUAUACAAAGGUAACAGUAUUUUAUAGUAAAUUUUAAAUAAAAAUUAAUUAUUUUAGAGUUAG